GGAAAUUUUAUCCUAAUUUCCCAAAACCAGCAGCAAAAUCAUAUGUCGAUAUCUAGAGUUCCAUAUUUGGAAGCUAGUAAAAAACUUAGUAGGUGCUUGGAUGGAACGGUGUCACCUUCCUCUUUUAGGGUGAAAAGAAAGGAAAAAGUUAGAGAGCAAUCGAUGUAACUUUCAGUAAUGCUUUGAACAUCCAAGGUUUCCAUGUUCUUCGUACAUCUAGAGCUGAUUCCCUACCGCAGCUGUUGAUGCAUGCGAUCCCCCGCGCAAGAGGAGAAUCCGAUCUUAACCCAAAUUCAAGAAUCCUGGAGAGAAUGAAUGCAGCCCCAGAUUUGAUUCCAUAACAAUAACCAAGAACUUAAAUGCAUAUCCAUUUAUAACGUAAAGAACCAUCUCCAUUCACUCACAUCAUCGUCAUCGUCCUCGUCCUCGCCUGGUCCUGAGGAUGAUGAUGCAGAUCUUUAUAUCUAAGAUGAUCAUGCCGGGGCUCUUGGCGUUGCUGCUGCUCCUCCUUUCGUCCCUGCUAUCGGUGAGAGGAGGAGAAUCGUACGCGGCGAUCAACUGCCGGAAGCACACCGCGUCGCUGGUGGAUUUCGGGGGCGUCGGGGACGGGAAGACGUCGAACACGGAGGCGUUCAGGCGGGCAGUCGCGAACCUGAGCGCGCACGCGGCGGACGGCGGGGUGCAGCUGGUGGUGCCGGAGGGGAAGUGGUUGACGGGGAGUUUCAAUCUCACCAGCCACUUCACGCUCUACCUCGAGAAAGACGCCACCAUUCUCGCAUCCCAGGAUGAAUCGGAAUGGCCGCAAGUGGCUGUCUUGCCCUCGUACGGGAGAGGAAGAGAUGCUCCUGGUGGACGGUUCAGCAGUCUAAUUUUCGGUACAAAUCUCACCGACGUAGUGAUCACAGGAAAUAACGGUACCAUAGACGGGCAGGGUGCUUACUGGUGGGACAAGUUCAAGAAAGAAGAACUGAACCUGACUCGACCUUACCUUAUCGAAAUCAUGUACUCGGAUCAGGUCCAGAUAGCUUAUCUUACUUUGGUCAAUUCUCCGUCGUGGUUCGUUCAUCCAAUUUACAGCAGCAAUGUCUUCGUCCAAGGGCUGACCAUCCUCGCUCCAGUUGAUUCUCCAAAUACUGAUGGAAUAGACCCUGAUUCAUGCACAAACGUCCGAAUUGAGGAUUGCUACAUAGUGUCCGGCGAUGAUUGCAUUGCAAUCAAGAGUGGCUGGGACCAGUACGGGAUUAAGUUCGGAAUGCCGACGAAACACAUGAGCAUAAGACGGCUUACUUGCAUUUCUCCGGACAGUGCCACAAUAGCUCUUGGCAGCGAGAUGUCUGGUGGAAUCCAAGACGUUAGAGCUGAGACUAUCCUGGCCAUCAACACCCAAUCGGGUGUCAGAAUCAAAACCGCUCCUGGAAGAGGAGGCUAUGUCAAGGACAUUUUCGUGAAGGGGAUGAUCAUGAAGACCAUGAAGUACGUGUUUUGGAUGACUAGUACCUAUAAUUCCCACCCCGACCCGGGGUACGAUCCCAAGGCGCUACCUGUGAUUCAAGGAAUAAAUUACAGAGACAUGGUGGCUGAAAAUGUGACUUAUUCGGCUAGACUUGAAGGAAUAGAAGGAGAUCCUUUUACUGGGAUCUGCAUUUCGAAUGUCAAUAUCAGCUUGACCGAAAAACCAAAAGAACUACAGUGGAACUGCACAGACAUAGCGGGAGUCACAAGCAACGUCACUCCCACGGCUUGUGAUCUGUUGCCCGAGAAGAAACCGGCGAUAGACUGUCCUUUUCCUACUGAUAGGCUGCCAAUUGAGGAUGUGGAGAUGAAAAUGUGUUCUGUUCCUCACAACUAUGUUCGCUAAGUGUUUGUCGAGUUUGAAGAGUGAUGCUUCACAAGAAACUGUCCACAAACUUGAAUUUCUGUUUUAUUCCGUCUUCCUUUGAUCCGUGCAACUGUGCAGGAUCAUAAAUGAUAUUAUCUACAAGGAGAAUUUAGCAGGAUAAUUUGUCUGUUUA